AUGUUCACCCUGGCCUGCGUCGACGGGUUUAGAUACCCGGGCCUAGAUGAGAUUUAUGUUACCGACAUCAUUCCUCUGGUCACAGGACCAGCAACGAUAUCCUCGGACCAGCAGCUCUGUUUCUUCAACCCUGUGAAUCUGCGGGUGGGCCCGGUGAAGAGCAUUCAAACCAGCCAUGGCAACAUCACAUGCGCAAAACCAAUCGACGCCGGAGGCUCCGUUGUUUGUACGGCAGGCGAGAAUGGCAGCAUUUCCAUAUGGGAUCUGAGACAAGAUUCAGCGGAAGUCGCGCGCUUGACAGACAACCAAGUGCCCAUCCUAUCUCUAGCUUGCUCGAGCGGAAGCUUUUCUCUCGUUGCGGGCACGGAAUUGCAGCAAAGCCAGUCGUCAAUUUUGAUUUGGGACGUUCGCUCAACGCCUGCUCCCCGACAAACAUACAAUGAAGUCCACAGUGACGAUGUGACAGAGUUGAAUUUCCAUCCCAGCAACCCGAACAUUCUCCUCUCGGGCUCUACUGAUGGUCUGGUGAAUGUUUGUGACACUAGGAUCACUGACGAGGAUGAAGUCAUCAUUCAGACUUUCAAUCAUGGUGCCUCUAUCCACCGCGCAGCAUUCUUGAACGACACUGAGGUGUUCGCACUAUCACACGAUGAGAGAUUCGCGCUGUAUAACAUGGCCGAAGAGCACGAAAAAGGAUCGGCAACAACUGACUUUGGAGACAUGAGAGAGGUGCUGGAUUGUCAUUACGUCGCCGGCGUUUCUGUCAAGGCCAAUGGCGCGGGAGCUGUCAUUGGUGCCGGCACGCACGGGCGGCAAAUGUUUGAGUUGGUUCAUCUGUCCAAAGGCGAGAACUGGUCCCUGGACAAGACAAAUAGUGUUGGACUGGUGGGGGCGCAUUCAUCCGAGAUUGUACGUGCCUUUUGCUUCUAUGAUGAGGCGCAGAUGGUCUUCAGUGUGGGCGAGGAUGGAUAUAUCAAGGCAUGGAAAUCAAACGCAUGA